AUGAACCUCAAAACAUCAAUUCCAGCUAUUUUUAUCCUCACUUACGUGGCUAUAUCCUUCAUCCAGCCAGCUCAAUCAUGCACUGACACCUGCACAGCUGAUGAAAUCAAAGCAUUCGAAAAAUUUAAGCAAGAAUUCUACAAAUCGUACAGCACAGCAGCUGAUGAAUGCACAGCCCGUGGAAUAUUUUGCAAAAAUUACAGAAAAAUUAUCGACAACAACAACAAUUCGAGUUCAACAUACAAAAUGGCUGUCACAUCCAGCACUGAUCAAUUAUCUGAGGACAGUCGAUCAACAGGAAUGGUCGAUCCGCCACCAUUGGAAGUAGCAAAACGCAACACAACGUCCGCAAAGUUGAUCAGGAAAGCGAAGAAAGUCAAAGCUAAUCAAUUUGCUCAAAAUACAGUCAAGGAAUCUUCAGGAAAUGUCAAUAAUGGACCACUAACAGGACCUGUUAAAGAUCAAGGCAAUUGCGGAAGUUGUUGGGCAUUUUGUUCUGCUGCUGUGCUUCAAUAUCAAGCUAAAGUCUAUCAAAACAGAACAAUUGAGGUUUCUGAGCAGGACUUCCUGGAAUGUAAUGCUUAUGCAAGCAUGUACGGAUGUAAUGGUGGAAAUCCAAUAUUUGCAAUGACUUAUGCUUACAAAACUGGUGUCAUUCCGAUGGUUAAGUAUCCUUACCGUCAAACUAAGGAGGCAUGCAGGAGGUCAUCGAGUAUGGGACAGAAUUAUCCAACACUUGGGGAUGUCACGAUGGCAAAUGCAAAUGGAGACGAGUCAGUUCUACGUAGAAUAAUCGACAGCUAUGGAGUCAUAGCUAUUGCAAUGGGAACAACAACUGGAUUUACUUCAUACAGCAGUGGAGUAUUUGAUGAUCCGGCAUGUCCAACAAAGGUCAGCCAUUGCGUUGGAACUGACUGGGGUGAAGCUGGAUACUUCAGAAUGAAGCGAGGAACAAACACGUGUGGAAUCGAGACUGCCAACUAUUAUGUCGUAGUUCCUAAAUAA